AUGGUAGAUGCUCGUGAGAAAGAAGACUCCGGUGGCGGCAGCGUACGACCCUAUGAAGAGGAUGCGGAACAGUUUUUUGAUAACCUGGAUGAUUAUCGAAAAAUGAUAAGUGAUGACGAGGAUAUGGAUGUGCAAGAAAAUGAAGCCGGUAUGCUGGAUGUUUCUGAUCAUGAAAAUUACGCAAGCGGGGCAGAUUCUUUGUUGGCAGAGUUCUCUGAUUACGGAGAGAUGUCUGAAGAUGAUGAGGAGGACUUCAUGGACGCUAUAAGGGAGGUUCACAACUUCAAAGUAAAGAGAAAACGCAAAGAUGGGAGACCGAAGCCGGGCGCUGGAAGGGCAAGGCGACCACGUGUUUUAGAUCCCGAAGUCUCUCAAUUGCUGUCCGAGGCAAACGAAGCAUUUGUGAGAAACGAUUUGCAAGUUGCAGAGAGACUUUACAAUGAGGUUAUCAAGAAGGAUGCGAGAAACUUUGCUGCUUAUGAGACGCUGGGUGAUAUCUACCAGUUGCAGGGUAGACUCAAUGAUUGUUGCAAUUCUUGGUUCUUAGCGGCUCAUUUGAAUUCAUCUGACUGGGAGUUCUGGAAGAUUGUAGCAAUACUAUCGGCUGAUUUAGAUCAUAUAAGACAGGCUAUCUAUUGUUAUUCAAGGGUAAUACACAUCAAUAAUGAAGAAUGGGAAUGUAUAUAUCGACGCGCAUUACUCUAUAAGGAAAUCGGACAAAUUGGAAGAGCGUUAGAAGGCUUUCAGAAGUUAUAUGCCCAUAACCCCUUUGACAGUAACAUUUUAAGAGAACUGGCCGUGUUGUAUGUCGAUUACAAUCGUAUCAAUGAUGCCAUUGAUAUAUACAUGAAAAUUUUCGACUCCAAUGUUACUAGAAGAAAUGCAAUUAUAGCCGCAUCAGAAAGUGCACUAGAAUCUUCUGAUGAGGAUUCUAAUGGGGAUGAUGAUGAUGAGGAAAAUAAGCAAAGUGAAUCCCCAAAUGAACAGGAUUUGGAGGAGAUGAGGUUAUAUCCCAAUAUUAAUUGGAAAAAAAUCUCGGCUCGGUACAGGUGCAUACUGUUUGAUUGGUCAUCGCUAAAUAUCCUAGCUGAACUCUUCUUAAAACUUCCUGCCGGCGGCGCUUCAGGUAUAAAAAUCAUAAAAAAAUGCGCUCGUUGGAUUGAACGAAGAGAAAACCAGACCUUUUGGGAGGAUGUUGCAGAUGACAGUGAAUUCGAUGAUAGAAGGCUAAAAAAUAGUAGAUUUGAUGUUUUAACAGAAACAGAGAAAGAAAAAUCAUAUACUCUUCCCAUUGAUAUAAGAAUUAGACUGGGACUGCUGAGAUUGAACAACGAAAAUUUUGUUGAAGCUAUAAGUCAUUUCCAAUUUUUGUAUGAUGAAAACUUUCCCGACAUUUCUGAUUUAUAUUUUGAGGUUGCUCUUGCACUAUCAAAAGCAGAUAAAUAUAAAGAGGCUAUCGACUUUUUUUCACCAUUGCUCUCUGUUGAAGAAUAUUGUACUUUGGAGCUUUACAAGCCGCUGGCUAAGUGUUUCAAAGAAACUGAAGAGUACGAAACGGCUAAAAAGUACUAUGAACAGAUUGUUGAAUUAGAGGAAGAUAAUCUGGAAGAAAAACUAGUUCUAGCAGAGAUAAAUUACCAUCUGGGAAAUAGCGAUAUUUUUCAAGGAUUAUUGAUGGAAGUCGUUGAACAACGAAAAAAACAGGCAAGCGAAAGCAAUACCCCUGACAGACAGAAAGACACAGACGGGACUGAUGUGGUUCAAAAAGAUGCGUCUGGGAAACCGCUUUUGGAAGAUAGUCUCUUUAGGCGUGCUGGUCCAAAGAAAAAGCGGACUCCACAGGAUACUGAAAGGGAAAGGUCUGAACGUGAGAAAAGAAUAAGUGCCAAAGUUCUGGAUAAGUAUAACAAGUUGGCUUUGUACAAAAUUGGAGUAAAUGAUGGCAAAAAGGAGCAAAAGCUUCUCUGGAUAGAUACAGCAUCCGAUCUAGUGGACGUAUUCUCGAGUGUUAAGAACUUUUUUAUCAAAAGUCGAUCAAAAAAGUUUGUUGGUAUUAUAAGAAGAACAAGAAAAUUCAAUAAAGUCAUUGAUUACAAAAUCGAAAGACUAUCAAAGCUUUCCAAAGGAGACAACUUACUUGAUGGUCUUCCCUUGAUGGAGGAAAGGGUGACUCUCACAUCUGCAACGGAACUGAGAGGAUUGACUUAUGAUCAAUGGUUUGAGUUAUUUAUGGAACUCGCCCUAACAAUGACAAAAUAUCAAAGCAUAGAAGAUGGACUUAGUAUCAUUGAAACUGCACAGGAAGUGAAUGUAUUCUUUCAGGACCCUACAAGAGCAAAAACGAUGAAGUUUGUGAAAAUGGCAAUAGUUUUGCAAACGGAAAAUGAAACUGAACUGACAGAGAAUUUAAGGGGGUUACUAAAUCAGUUUCAGUUCAAUAGAAAAGUUUUGCAGCUUUUUAUGUAUUCUUUGGUUCGUGGCCAAACAGCAUUGAGUAUUGUUAGUUCAACAGUCCAUCAAAAGUUUUUUCUGCGACAACUGAAAGCAUAUGAUAGCAUCAGAUAUGGGAAGCAUGUCAACGGACAGGCGUCAAUUACGAAUAAAAAAGUUUCCAAUCCGCAGAAGCUAAAUUCCCCUUAUCUCUACUACAUUUAUGCGGUAUUGCUGUAUUCUAGCAGGGGGUUCUUAUCUGCAUUGCAGUAUUUAAUCAGGUUAGAACAGGAUGCUCCGAAUGAUCCCAUGGUCAAUUUGCUUAUGGGCCUAUCUCACUUGCAUCGCUCGAUGCAGAGGUUAACUGCCAAUAGACAUUUUCAGAUCCUGCAUGGCUUAAGGUACCUUUUCAAAUACUACAAAAUCAGGAUAAGUUCUUACACAGACCUGGAGAGUCAAGAAGCUGAUUACAACAUUGGACGUGCCUUUCAUCUUUUGGGCUUGUUGUCUUUAGCAGUGCAGUAUUAUAAUAAGGUACUAAACGACUACGAGGAUGAGAAGCUGAAAAAGCAUGCCGCCUAUAAUUCAAUUAUUAUUUACCAGGAAAGUGGUAAUACUAGACUUGCAAACCAUCUAAUGGAGAAGUACUUGAGUAUAUAG